AUGGGUUGGUGGAACCCACUAGCCAGCUACACUUUUGGUCUCUCCUUGAUGACCCUCCUGUUGGCCACAUCUGCCAGGGAACCCAGAGACUCAGUUCAGCAGCCAGACAUUGCGUGUCCCUGGCCAGAUGUUCGCCGGCAUGCACGGAGCUACCACCACCUGGAAGGUGAUGUGCGCUGGCGGCGCCUCUACUCCUCCAAUCAUUUCUUCCUACGCAUUGGCGGUGAUGGCAAAGUCGAAGGGACACGUCGGAAGGAGAGCCUGAACAGCAUCGUGGAGAUCCGUUCUGUGCAGGUAGGCACCGUGGCCAUUCGAUCCAUCCACAGUGGUUUCUACCUGGCAAUGAACCGAAGAGGGAAAGUCUAUGGAACGAAAGCCUACAGUCCCAACUGCAAGUUCAAGGAACGUAUUGAAGAGAACGGCUACAAUACCUACGCCUCCUUCCAUUGGCACCACGAAGGGCAGCCCAUGUUCCUCUCCCUCAACAGCAAGGGAUUGCCGCGACGGGGGACCAAGACCCGGUGGCACCACCUUUCCACCCAUUUCCUGCCAAUGCUCGUCUCCUAA